AUGGCCUGGCGUUUUAAAGCAUCAAAAUAUAAGAAUGCAGCACCGAUUGUACCCAAGCCGGAAGCAUGCAUACGUGACAUAUGUGUAGGUUCCUAUCAAACCUAUGGCAAUAAUAUUGCUGCCUCGGCAGCCUUUAUGGCAUUCAAUUGGGAACAUACCGGAUCCAGUGUGGCUGUAUUGCCAUUGGACGAUUGUGGACGUAAAAGCAAAACUAUGCCAUUGUUGCAUGCCCACUCGGAUACGGUAACGGAUUUGGGAUUUUCACCAUUUCAUGAUGGGCUGUUGGCAACGGCAUCACAGGAUUGUAUGGUGAAAAUAUGGCAUAUACCGGAAAAGGGUUUGGAGUCUUCGCUAUCGGAUCCCGAGUGUGUAUUUUCACACAAACAGCGGAGGGUGGAGACAGUGGGUUUUCAUCCCACAGCCGAUGGUUUGCUGCACUCAACCUCGGCCGGUUGUGUGACAUUAUUUGAUUUGACAGCCCAAAAGGAAAUUUAUUCAAAUAAUGAACAUCCAGAGGUUAUACAAUCGGCAAGUUGGCGUCAGGAUGGCACCGUAAUUGCCACCAGCUGCAAAGAUAAAUUUGUACGAAUUUUAGAUUGCCGUGUGAAUGGCUCACCCAUACAAAUGUCCGCCGAAUCCCAUCAAAGUAUUAAAGAUUCCCGUGUUGUGUGGCUGGGAAAUCAAUCUCGUAUCCUAACCACGGGUUUCGACUCGGCCCGUCUACGUCAGGUGAUAAUUCGUGAUAUACGUAAUUUUUCGGUGCCCGAAAAAACCUUAGAAUUAGACUGUUCAACGGGUAUCUUAAUGCCGCUAUUCGAUCCGGACACAAAUAUGCUCUUUUUGGCCGGUAAGGGUGAUACUACAAUCAAUUAUCUAGAGGUCACCGAUAAAGAUCCCUAUCUAAUUGAGGGUCUUCGCCAUACCGGUGAACAGACCAAGGGUGCUUGUUUGAUACCAAAACGGGCCCUUAAAGUUAUGGAGGGUGAGGUAAAUCGAGUGCUACAGCUAACUUCGAAUAUGGUCAUACCGAUUAUGUAUCAGGUGCCACGUAAGACUUAUAGAGAUUUCCAUAGUGAUUUAUAUCCCGAUACUGCUAGUUGCCGUACCGAAUUAACUGCAGCCGAAUGGAUGAAUGGUUCUAAUAUGGCCGUACCGAAAAUGAGUUUGGAUCCUGCCAAACGUGAAUUGGGCGAUGCCCCUGUUGUUCCACGUUUGGGUCCCAAACCCUUCUCCAGCAAUGCAGCAGAUGUUACCUUUGAUAAGGUAUUUGCUGUGCCCGUUGCUCCCGGCUCCCAGGAAAAUCUAUCAAAGUCUGAACCACCUGCAACACAUGAAACUGAUGCAACCUCUCCAUCGGCCAAUAAACCAGAUUUAAUCGUUGAAAUUGAAAUUAAAAAAACCACAACAGAAACCGAUAAUAAUGAGAACAAUGGACUACAAAAAUCGUUAUCUACGUCAGAAAGGCGUAAAAUUUUCGAACAGAAUCACUCAGAAUCAUCGGAAAAUUCAACUGAAGGUGAUGACAAGGCUGAAUCGGAAUUGCGUAGAUUUUCACCAGCCCGCAAUAGCAUUGCAGAAAGACGACGAUUGUAUGAAUUGCAUUCGAAGAGUACCACAGAGGAUAGAGCUCAAUCACCAGUGCCAUUACGCCGUGAAUUAUCCAAAGUUGAUUCAACAAAAUCUGGUUCGAUUGAUAUCAAACGGACCUCAGUGCCAGAAGGUAAAUUGCUGGAAGAGAAACGUCGCAAUUUGCCAACCAAAGAAGUAUGUGAUAAUGGUUCCAGUUCAGCGGCCAUUAAAAAAUCUGCAACUGAAGCUGCCAUCACCACCUCGACCAAGAGAACUUCGACGGUGUUUGGUAAAGUUUCCAAAUUUCGCCAUCUCAAAGGUACGCCCGGCCACAAAUCCACACACAUUGAAAAUUUACGCAACCUAAGCCGUCAAAUACCCGGUGAAUGUAAUGGUUUCACGGCAAAUCAUGAACGUGUGGCCGUACCCCUAUCCGGACCUGGUGGUAAAAUUGCCAUUUUUGAAUUAAGCAAACCAGGACGUCUGCCCGAUGGUGUCAUACCGUCGCUGGUGAAUGGUAACAAUAUCAUGGAUUUCCAAUGGGAUCCAUUCGAUCCAAAACGUUUGGCUGUGGCUUGUGAUGAUGGUAUGGUGAAAUUUUGGCGCAUACCCGAAGGCGGUUUAACCGAACCAACCAACACACCCGAACAGGAGUUGAAUUCCCAUUUGGAUAAAAUCUAUUUUAUACGAUUCCAUCCCUUGGCUCAGGAUAUUCUAUUAACGGCUAGUUAUGAUAUGACCAUUAAAUUAUGGCACAUACCCACCAAGGAGGAGAAAUGCGUUUUGACCGGGCAUACAGAUCAGAUAUUUGAUUUUGCCUGGAGUCCAUGUGGCAAAUAUGGUGCCACAGUCAGUAAGGAUGGUAAAAUACGAAUAUACAAUCCAAGGAAAUCAGAGACACCAAUACGUGAGGGUAAUGGACCAGUUGGUACGAGAGGAGCUCGUAUUGUGUGGGCCUUGGAUGGACAAUAUAUUGUGUGCACAGGAUUCGAUAAAGUUUCCGAACGUCAAAUCAGUGUCUACAAGGCUGAUAGUUUAAAUGCCCCACUAAAUACAGCCAGUCUAGAUGUUUCACCAUCCAUUCUCAUACCCUUCUACGAUGAGGACAGUUCGACUUUAUUUGUCACGGGCAAGGGAGAUUCAACUAUCUAUUGUUACGAAAUAACCGACGAGGAGCCCUACAUAUGUCCACUGUCACAUCAUCGCUGUACAUCAUUACAUCAGGGGCUAAGUUUCCUUACCAAGAAUCAUUGUGAUGUGGCAAGUGUUGAAUUUUGCAAAGCUUAUCGUUUGACAAACACAACAAUUGAACCAUUGAGUUUUACAGUGCCACGUAUUAAGAGUGAAUUAUUCCAAGAUGAUUUGUUCCCACCAACCCGUGUCACUUGGUUGCCCACAAUGACAGCCGAAGAAUGGUUUAUGUCGAACGAUAAGAAACCGAAAAAGAUUAGUUUACAACCCGAAGGCAUGGAUACAUGUAAUCCAGUGUCAUCCAUACAACCGGUGGUUAGUCAACAAACUAAACGUACAGAAAACGUUACAACUUCAAAUGAACAUUUCACAAAUAAAUUUGAUACGGAUAGAAUUAAGCAAAAAGAGAUACAAAAAUCGGUUAGUGCACGCAUGGAAUAUAACACCAAAUUGGAGCAAGACGAUAUGGAGGGUGUGGAUGAAAAUGAAUGGCAAGAUUAAGUAUUUUCUUUUUUUUUGUUCUAUAAAAUUGACUUUUUCAU